AUGUCCAAUAACAACUUUCAAGAGAGUUCUAAUAACACUAGCCUGCCUUCUAAACGAUCGACACCAAUGUUGUUUCUUGAUGCCGAAAACAAAACUCAAGAAGCAUUAACAACUUUUGAAUUACUAAAUGCAUGUACAUAUCAAAACAAAUAUGUUGGAUCGGCCAACGUCACCACUACUGCCACUACCAGUACUAAAACAUCUAACUCAACCCUGACUAAAUCUCAUCAACAACAACAUCGUCGGAAACUUGAAUAUAUGACAUGUGAUUGUGAAGAGGAAUGGGAUAGUGAAUUACAAAUGAAUUUAGCGUGUGGACCCGAUUCUAAUUGUAUUAAUCGAAUUACUUGUGUUGAAUGUGUUAAUAGGAAUUGUUUAUGUGGGGAUGAUUGUCAAAAUCAACGAUUUCAAAACCGUCAAUAUAGUAAAGUCAAAGUUAUUCAAACGGAAUUAAAAGGUUAUGGAUUAAUUGCUGAACAAGAUAUUGAAGAAAAUCAAUUUAUUUAUGAAUAUAUUGGUGAAGUUAUAGAUGAAAUUAGUUUCCGUCAACGAAUGAUUGAAUAUGAUUUACGACAUUUAAAACAUUUUUAUUUUAUGAUGUUAAGUAAUGAUUCAUUUAUUGAUGCCACGGAAAAAGGGUCAUUAGGUCGAUUUAUUAAUCAUUCUUGUAAUCCUAAUGCAUUUGUUGAUAAAUGGCAUGUUGGUGAUCGAUUAAGAAUGGGGAUUUUCGCUAAAAGGAAAAUUUCCCGUGGUGAAGAAAUUACAUUUGAUUAUAAUGUUGAUAGAUAUGGAGCUCAAUCUCAACCAUGUUAUUGUGGUGAACCAAAUUGUAUAAAAUUCAUGGGUGGGAAAACUCAAACUGAUGCUGCAUUAUUAUUACCACAAAUGAUUGCUGAAGCAUUAGGAGUAACACCAAGACAGGAAAAAGCUUGGCUUAAAGAAAAUAAAUCAAUUAGAAAUCAACAACAAAAUGAUGAAUCAAAUAUAAAUGAAGAAUUUGUUAAUAGUAUUGAAAUUGAACCAAUUGAAAAUCAAGAUGGGGUGACUAAAGUAAUGUCAGCAUUGAUGAAAACUCAACAUCCUUUAAUUAUUAAAAAAUUGAUUGAAAGAAUAUUUCUUAGUAAUGAUCAAGAUGAUAUUAAUGUUAUGUUUGUUAGAUUCCAUGGAUAUAAGACAAUAUCAACAAUUUUACAAGAUUUAUUAGUGGCCAAGAAUAGUGGUAAAGAAUCAGAAACAACUGAUAACAACGAUAUCGACAACUCUACUGGAGAUGACGAUCAAGAUAAAGAUGAGUUGAUUAUUAAGAUUUUGAAAAUAUUGGUGAGUUGGCCAGCAGUUACUAAGAAUAAAAUAGCUUCAGCUAAUUUAGAAGAAGUUGUUAAAGAUAUUCAAACCAAUAAUGAAAAUAGUAAUAAUAAUGAUGAAAUUAAUCAAUUAUGCACUAGUUUAUUAGAUAGAUGGUCAAAAUUAGAAAUGGCUUAUCGUAUUCCUAAACAAGAGAGUGUACCUACCAACAAUGCUGCUGCUGCUGCUACAACAACUGCAACUGCCACCGGCACCACUACUUCAGCAUCUCCAUUUGAAAGAAUAUCAUCUCAUACACCAGAAGUAGGUGGUACCAAUACACCAUCAUCAACCUCACAACAACAACAACAACAAAAUUCACGAGAUGCGGGAUUACCAGAAAAUUGGCGUAGUGCAUUUGAUAAAAACACUGGUGGAUAUUAUUAUUAUAAUCUUGUUACUAAAGAAACUACCUGGGAAAGACCUUUGGGUUCAUUACCAUUAGGACCAAAACCACCAAGUGGACCAGGCUUAAAAGGUCGAAUUAAUAAAUAUAAUGAAAUUGAUUUAGCUAAAAGAGAAGAAUUAAGAAUUCAAAAGGAAAAAGAAAUGAAAUUUAUUGAAAUGCAAAAUCGAGAUCGUAAACUUAAAGAAUUGAUUGAAAUGAGUAAAAAAUCAAUGAAUAACAUUGGUGGUAGUAGUGGUACUACCAUUACUGCUGCUACUAUUAAUGGUUUAUCUGAUAAUGGUGGAAAUAACAAUGGGAAUAUUACUGGUAUUUAUGGAGAUGAUAAACACUCAAAGCAUCAUCAUCAUCAUCAUGAUAAGCAUUUGAAAAAUGGUCCUAGAAAUACCAGCACCAGCAGUAGUAGUGGUAAUAAUGUUGAGAAAAUUUGGAAACGAAUAUUUGCUAAAUAUAUUCCUAACAUUAUUAAAAAAUAUGAAUCAGAAAUUGGUCGUGAUAAUGUUAAAGGAUGUGCCAAAGAAUUAGUUAAUAUUUUAACACAAAGUGAAAUCAAGCAUGGUAAUAGUCUACCCUCAUCAUCUUCUUCGAAUGGUUAUAGUAUGGAAUUGAGUGAUAAAAAAUUGAAAAAAAUAAAAGAAUACAGUCAUGGAUAUAUGGACAAAUUUUUAAUUAAAUUUAAUAAUUCCAAAAAACACAAAUCUACAAUGGGGAGUAAGGGAAGUGAUAAUCAUAAACGAAAGCAUAAUGGUGAUGGAGAUAAUGGAGUAAAACGUAGUAAAGUAUAG